AUGGCCGACCUACCGGACGACGCUCUCGGCGAUGUUCUCCGCCGUCUUCCACCACGCUGGCUCGCCGCGUCGCGGUGCGUCUGCAAGGCCUGGCGCCGCACCAUCGACGAGCGCCGCCUCCUGCGCCCUGACCUGCUCCCACUCUCAUUCGCCGGCUUCUUCAUCCAGUUCGACUCACACGCGUUCCCGGAGUUCUUCGCCCGCCCCUCUUCCUCAUCAGCCAAUACCAAGCUCGACUUCUUGCCUCCCCCCAUGUAUCCCUUUGAUGGGGUAGGCGACGGGUUUGACGAAGACUACUUUGUUCGAGACCACUGCAAUGGCCUCCUCCUGACCAGCCUGUACGUUGUCAACCCUGCCACGCGACGCUGGGAUCUUUUGCCUCCGCGCCGGCGCCCGGCCGAUCCAGAAUGGAUGACCUUUUGGUUCAAUAUAAGCAUCUAA